AUGAGGGGUUAUUUCAUAAAGAGUGUUGAUUCGGAAAUCUUUCUUCUUUCAUUCUGGAAGAAGGGAUUGGCGAGGUGUGCAGUAGGGGAAACGGUGAAUGAUGGGGGUUGGUUGGAACCAGCUCGGCUACUUGACUUCUUGCCGUUUCAUCAAAUGAGUGAAAUAAAGAAAAUGAUGAAGUCUCGUUCAUAUCUUCACUCGGUUGGAGUAUUGCCCCGAGUGCGGAGCAAGAUUGAAAGCAUUCAGGGAUCUCGAGUAGAUCUCCUUUCGGAUUGCCUCCAGCUUCUUAGGCACAUGAGGAAGCGGUCUAACAUCUUUUCAAUCGAAAUCCCAAUCAAAGACAAGUUCUACCAAGGCCGGGAUCUGAAAGAGAAGAAUAACUUUCGGAAUUCCAAGUGA